AUGCACGGCGCAUGUCGGACUUUGCAGGUCUAUCCUCCUUGCGGGAUCGAACAACCGCACAUGAACGAGUUGUUGCGCCACGCUCCCCGACGGUCCAUGGGAACCAUGCCAGCAAGUCCUGGAUUUGUAUCGCCGACGGGUGUUGCACCAGCCCUUGAGAGACGACCUUCCAGGGGCUCGGGACGUUGGCCACCUGGCUCCAUGGCACCCGAGGCGCAGCGGCCUCAGCAGGAGAGCUUCUUGGCAUAUGCCAAGCCCACCACUGCAGGCAGUGGCCCAGGGCGCAGAGAUGCAUCCAAGGGCAAGUGGUUGCCUUCCAUUUCGAAUGGUCGACAGGAGAAAACGAAUCGUCUCCUUCGAAGCAUUUGGUGUUGCCAGUCCUGA